AUGGAAAGACUCAUAGAAGUCCUAUACAGUUGUAUUAUCAAUCCUCAGCACUUAUCUCAAGGCUCAACAAUACUAAAAGAGUGAGAAUUCCAAGCUGGAUACUCCCCUGCACUUUCAAAAAUUUUGCAAGGAUCUAUACAACUUCCUUCCCAAAUCCCAGAAAACAUGAAAUUCUUUAUUAGGCAGUUUUCAGGGAUUCUCUUGAAGAAUUUCAUAUCAGACUAUUGGAAUGAGUCUUCCCACAUAUCAUCGAAUGAUAUGAGAGAAACCAGACAAGUUUUAAUGCAGUGCAUUAAAAUUGAAGAGCCUAAAUUGAAAACUUUAGCAGUAAUUGAGAUAUAGGUUUUGGCGCUUUCAGGAAUAGUCCUAAGGGAUUUCCCAGAUCAGUGGCCAAUGUGUUUUGAAAGCAUACUGAAUUUGGGUGCAGACCGUGAUCUUGUAACUAUUGAUUCAAUUCUGCUGGCCUUGUCAAUUAUUUUUGAUGAAUGCGAUGAUAGACUAUCUAGAGCCACUCAUCUGUUGUUCCCAGUAGUUUAUGAGUUUUAUGGGCAAGCGGCAGCUGCUAAUAAUGUGAGAGUAAAAGAAAGAUGCUUAGAUGUGGCGGCGAAAUGCUUAGAAAGUCUGUCUUGGGCUGAUGGAGUUGAUCAAGAGCUUGUAAGUUCUUCAUUGGAUUCAUCAUGGUCAAAUUGGUUCUAUCUUUUAAUUGAAAUUAUAGGGACUGAUGAAUCCUCUAUUGAAAUGAAAAGACUAAGCCUCAAGAUGCUGACAAGCUUUUAUAGAGACUUUACAACCUACUCUUUAAGCUGGUAUUACAUCAUUAUUCAGCCAGCAUGAACAUUAUUGCAUGCACUUGUGCCAUUGUAUCAAGAAAGCGUAGUUUACUCCAAGGAAGUCCUGGCAAAUGACCAGAUUGAAAAUGAGAUUGGAGGAGUUGAAGGGCUUACAAUCCAGCUGCUAGAGCUAAUAACUUCAAUAAUUAUCCGUCCAGUGAUCGGCCCUCAAGUUGUGGGCGAGCUUAAAGCCUUGAUUAACACAUUAGCUUGGUAUCUUCCUCUUACAGUUGAGCAAGAAGAACUGUGGAGCAACGACCCAAACCAAUUCAUAUCUGAAGAAGAUAUAGAAGAAUAUUUGAAGUCAUCAAGAAUAUCAUGCUUGAAACUUAUUUCUGAGCUUAUAGACUUAUUUGGCGAUACUUCUAUUGAGUGCAUUGUAAGCGUUGUUGAGUCAAUGCUCACCAAUAUUUCACAGCAAUCCUCCGCUCCUUUGUUAUAUUCAUCAAACCAAGACAUCCAAGCCAUUAAUGAUAGAAUCAAUCAAAAUCUAUUAAAUAUUGUAAGAAAAUUCCCAACGCAGCAUAUGUGGAAAACUAAAGAAGCUGCAGUUUUAUUGCUAGGAAGCAUAAAUACUGACAUUAUUGGUUAUAACUCAAGAGUCAAAAAAUCAGGAAAACAGCCACUGGAUAUCGCAAAUUUCUUUGGCUCAGUGAUCCUAUCUGACUUAACAGGAAGUAGCAAUGAAAAUGGAAGCGAAUUUUUGAAAGGUAGAGCACUUUGGUGUACUGCCAAAAUUUCUGAAAUAAUGGAUUCAAGCCAUCCUGACUGUGUAAGGGUUUUCAAAAUCUGUUGUAAUGCAUUAAACCAAAAAGAGCCAGUUGCGGUUAGACUUUCAGCUUGCUAUGCUAUUCUAAAGCUAUCACGGAAAGUCGUCACCAAUGUAUCAGAAAUUAAUGAAGUCCUGCCGAAUUUAUUGGUGAAUCUGGUUGCUCUUAUUCAGGCCACUUCUUCAGACACCCUUCAUCUAGUCCUUGACACUUUACAAGAAGUCUUAGCUUUGAACCCAGAAAUGAGUAGCGUAGUUCCUACUUAUGCCUCUAAUGUGUUUUUGAAAUUAUUUGCAAAAUAUUAUGGAGAAGGCAGCAUAAUGUCAAAAAUUCUUGCUAUUAUAAGAAUAUGGUGCGAUUUAAAUAAAUGUAUGGGAUCACUGCUAGACACGUUUUUACCAUUCAUCAUGAGCUUGCUUGCUACUUAUCCAGCUAUUAGCAAAGAAAAGCCGAGUUCGGCAAGUUCAACUAGUACAAUGGGCUCUCAAGUAGAAUCGUUGCUAAUACUUCCAAGCUCAUUAGAGCUUAUGACGCUCUUUUUGAAGAAAUCAAGCGCUGAGAGUAAUGAAAGGGAAAGGCUUAUGGAUAUUGUAGAUCCCCUGCUUGAUUUACUUGGAAGAACAGAGGAUAUUUCACUACUUUUGCAAGGAACAAGCUGUUUAAGGGCUUUUUGUGGAUAUACAGCCAAUGAAGUUGUAAAACGAGGAUUAGAAGAAAAGGUUGUAGAAACUGUAGCUAGUUUGCUAAAUCCUGCUAAAAAUGAAGCUGGAGCCUUAGGCCUAGGAUAUUUGGUUAUUCAAGUAUUCUGCAAAAUUUCACCGAAAAUAGACGAAGAUUUGCUUAUAGGCUGCUUAAAUAAGCUUCACAGAUGUAAAAUGCCCUCAAUUGUCCAAGGACUUGUCCUUGUAUUUGCGCGCUUAAUUCACUCUCACAGCGCAGAAAUUAUUGGCUUCCUAUCCAAUCUCACAAUAGAACGAAGGGUAGCACUAAAGGUUUUGCUUGAUAAGUGGCUGAUCCACCAGCCUUUAAUUCGAGGUCGAUAUACAAAGAAUGCAACCAUCGCUGCUUUAGCCAGAAUUUACACACUAAAAGACCAAGGAGUCGAAAGUUUGCUCGUAGUUGGGUACAAUCCGUCUCAUUCCAACGCUUGCUCAGAAGUUUUAGCGCCUUUCAAAAUUUUGUGCACUCUUAUCCGAUGUUUAGAUAAUGAAGCAUUUAUGCCUAAAAGAAAGCAGCAAGAAGAAAUAGGAUUAAAUGAAGAAUUUCAGACAGUCGUGGAAGGGUCAGGAAUUGGGUUUAUAGGAGACUAUGAAGAAGGGGAAAGAAUGGACACCAUCGAAGAUGAUAAAGACAGCGUCCAAGAAGACCAUGGAGACCGCGAAGACCCAAUGGAGUCGUUGAAAAAUGACUUGCUAAAAGAAAUCAAAGAAGACUAUGACAUAAGAGAUUUCCAAAUCCCAGUCAGCAGGUCAGUGCCAAUGGAUCUGAAUUUCUUUAUGUGGUAUUUCCUCGGAUACUUUGGCCGAGUUUUAUCCCUUGAUAAAUUUGAUAGAAUUUUAAAGGUUUUUUUUCCUUGAGCAAUUGUCCCACGCGGAAAAUUCUCCGAGGAAAUGUCAUACAAGGAAAAAUUCUAUCAAAUAACUGGCAAAGAGUCAGCAAAGAUAAAGGCCUUGGGGACUAUGAAACAGGCUCUGAAUGUUUGAUGUCAGAUAUGCUUGACUUUGACUAUGAAGACAACGACGACGUCAGUGACGAUAUCAACGAAGAUGACAUGUACUCACUUGGAGACUGGUACGGCGGCAUUACACUGCAGAACUUUUUGCUGGAUUUCUUUAAUAACUUGAUAACGAAUGACAAAGAGUAUCUUUUGGCAUGCAUGAAACAUCUAUUGCCAGAAGAUAUCGCCCUUUUCAAGAAGCACUUUACUUUUUAG